CCACCGAUCGUUUCCGAAGAACAGUUAGAUACAGCAUACGUACACUCUGCUGUGCUCUCCGCCUCCCCUCACACUCCUCUUGGUUAUACGGCGGCCAUGUUACCUGGCUGGCGCUUGUUCCGGUACCACGCUAGCUAGCCUAGCGCACAAGAUUCAGAACAGCAGUCUCCUUUCGAGCACAGGAACAACCGUCGUCCACCUCCAAAGAUCAGACGAUCCACAGCCUAUGAGCCCAAUCAAUCACCGAGAAGACGGAGAACGGAACCUUAUCGGAUGCUUUCAGAAACAUUGGCUUACACCCAAUCACAGCCUCUUCCGCCUCAUUACUGCAACACGACGUUUUUUUUUUCUUUCAGUUUAGCAAGCUAGCUCUAGCCAGGAAAGCUGGUCGACUUUUCUUUUUUGUUUUUGGGUAUUCGAGCGUCUUGGAUUGUUUUUCAUAAGUUACGGACAGCCCAGCUGUUGGGCCAUAUUGGAUUUCUUUGGCUUCUGAAAUGUACUUAAUUCUCCACGGUUGGGUUAUGAUUGGCUAAAUGGCCAACUAUAGCUAGAGCUAACUGAUUGGCUUUGUUUUGUUAUUUCUUCGGCGAUGGUGGGUCAGGUCCCACUAGGCUGGCCUAAAGUGUGAAUCCCCAGGCUCGAGUUGAAGACCUUACCGGGAAAUGCACUCUGCUUUAGCAGAUGCUCAUUUCUGACACAUGGCAGGUAGUGUUGGCUUGCUGCUAGCUAAGUAAUUUCUUCGGGUACAGAAGUCAUUCGUUUUCCUCUAUCAGAAAUGGACAACUAAAAGCUAACCUACACAGAUGUAACCACAACAGACAGUUUUUAUCAAGUUCCCUGGAUUUUUAUUUUUCUGACCGAGCUAGCAAUCCGAUAACUAGCAUAGCAAGGCUAUAUAUUUGUUAUUACAAGAUAGAUAUGUAUAUUUUCAUUGACGGUUGAAAAAAAAAAAAAAAAAAAAAAACUUCAGCUAGCUGGCUACUAAUUAGCAGCCACACCAUUACGGACACGGACGGACGGAUACCAGCAAUAUACUAAUGAGGAUUUCAACUUGUUGAUCACCUUAACUUAUAACUGCCAGCUUUCAACUUUUUUCCAGACUGGCAUUGCAAACAAAUGUGCGUCAGAUUCUGAAUUCCAGUUUCGUGACCCCAUUGCCCCCUCCCUUUUGAGAAUUUCUUAAAAUGUCAGCACGGACGCCAUUGUUAACAGUCAAUGAGCUUUCGUCAGACCAGAAUUGGCAGUGAUCGCUAGUUACUACUGAACCACCCUAAAUCACAUCGGACCUAUCCACUGACCUGUAUUAUUUUGAAGAGGUUGGGAUGCAUUCUCACUCGGACUCCAAGGCGGGGGGGCGACCGAGCAUGCCGCGAUGCCGCACCUCGGUCGCGACCACGGCAGACGAGCAGCCGCACAUCGGCAACUACCGGCUGCUGAAGACCAUCGGCAAGGGCAACUUCGCCAAAGUCAAGCUGGCCAGACACGUGCUGACUGGGAAAGAGGUGGCUGUGAAGAUCAUAGACAAGACUCAGCUCAACUCUUCCAGUCUCCAGAAGCUGUUUCGUGAAGUUAGGAUCAUGAAGCUUCUGAAUCAUCCUAAUAUUGUUAAGUUAUUUGAAGUCAUAGAGACGGAGAAGACACUGUAUCUGGUUAUGGAGUAUGCUAGUGGAGGUGAAGUGUUCGAUUACCUCGUCGCUCAUGGCAGGAUGAAAGAGAAAGAGGCUCGAGCCAAAUUCCGACAGAUCGUUUCGGCUGUUCAGUACUGUCACCAGAAGUGCAUUGUACACAGAGACCUGAAGGCAGAGAACCUUCUCCUGGAUGCGGAGAUGAACAUCAAGAUCGCCGACUUCGGCUUCAGUAACGAGUUCACCCUGGGGAACAAGCUGGACACGUUCUGCGGGAGCCCCCCCUACGCGGCCCCCGAGCUCUUCCAGGGCAAGAAGUACGACGGGCCCGAGGUGGACGUGUGGAGCCUGGGGGUCAUCCUCUACACGCUGGUCAGCGGCUCCCUGCCCUUUGACGGGCAGAACCUCAAGGAGCUGCGUGAGCGAGUUUUGAGGGGGAAGUACAGGAUUCCUUUCUACAUGUCCACAGACUGCGAGAACCUGCUCAAGAAGUUCCUCAUCCUCAAUCCAACCAAGAGGGGAAGCCUAGAGCAGCAGAUAAUGAAGGACCGCUGGAUGAACGUGGGCCAUGAGGAGGAGGAGUUGAAGCCGUACCUGGAGCCGCAGCCCGACUAUAAGGACCCCAGGAGGACAGGUCAGCCGCGCGGUGGCGCAGAGGGCUGGAAGAGAGACAUGAUGCUGCAGAUGGGUUACUCUCAGGAGGAGAUCCAGGACUCUCUCAUUAACCAAAAAUACAACGAGGUCAUGGCUACAUACCUCCUACUGGACUACAGGAACUCAGAGAUGGGCGAGGGAAUCAACCUGUCAAUCAAAUCCCGUCACGGAAACGACCUCACAAACAGCAAUGUCCAAUCGCCACCCCAGAAGGUACAGCGCAGUGUCUCCAAUCAGAAGCCCAGGAGAUCCACCGACCAAGGCUCCUCCUACUCCAAGCGCUCCCAGGACAGUAAACACAGCGCUGAGGAUUCUGGGAGGAAAGGCUCUGGCAGCUCCGCCAAAGUGCCGCCGAGUCCCCUUAAUGCAGACCGUAAGAAGAGCACUCCUACCCCAUCCUCAAACAGCAUCCUGUCCACCGGUACGAGUCGCAAUCGGAACUCUCCUCUGCCUGAGCGAGCCACCCUGGGGGUUCAGAACGGCAAGGACAGCAGCUUGGCCACCUCAGGGUCCCGCGCCUCCACGGCCCCGGCCUCCGCCGUUCUCUCCUCCUCCUCCUCCUCCCGCUCCCGACACCACAAGUCCCUGUCCACCUCGGCCCACCCCAGCCCCCCUGACCUCCACGCACAGCUCCCCAGCACCACCCCACAGAGAUUGGCAGUAGCAUCUCCCUCUGCCCAAAACAUCAGCAGCUCCGCUGGGACGGACCGCACCAACUUCCCCAGGGGGGUUGCCAGCAGAAGCACUUUCCACGCCGGCCAGCUGAGGGCGACACGAGACCAGCACGCCUCCACUUACAACGGCCCUCCUGCGUCACCCUCCCUCUCCCACGGCAACAGCCAGGCGCGCCGCCCCGGAGCUUCCGGCAUCUUCAGCAAGUUCACCUCCAAGUUUGUGCGCAGAAAUCUCUCGUUCAGGUUCCCCAGAAGGAGUCCGUAUGAGGGAGAGGGUCGGGAUGAGGCAAGCAGGCCGAUGCUGAGCACUGCCGAUAAGCGUGAGAAGGCCCCGUUGGCGACCCUUGGCCCCGUGGGGGACGAGAACAAGGACUCCCUGUCGUCCUCGUCCAACGUGCCCAGCUCCCUGACCCCUCCGCCGCUGCACUCCCACCUGGGCCGGGACACCAAGCCCCGCUCCCUGCGCUUCACCUGGAGCAUGAAGACCACGUCGUCCAUGGAGCCCGGCGAGAUGAUGAAGGAGAUCCGCAAGGUGCUGGACUCCAACAGCUGCGAGUACGAGGCGCGGGAGCGCUUCAUGCUGCUGUGCGUGUCGGGGAACCCGGCGCGCGACGACUUCGUGCAGUGGGAGAUGGAGGUGUGCAAGCUGCCCCGCCUCUCCCUCAACGGCGUGCGCUUCAAACGCAUCUCCGGCACCUCCAUCGCCUUCAAGAACAUCGCCUCCAAGGUGGCCAACGAGCUCAAACUGUGAGG